CUAUAAAAAGACGUCGCACAUUCGAUAUUUGUUCAGUUGUUGUUGAAUGUAUUUCAAGCAUUCGAAUCUUAUUUAUUUAAAAUCGAUAUAUUUAAAAAAAAAUGAAAACUAUCGUGGUUAUUUUUGCAUUUUGCAUUUGCGUUAGUGCAAUGACACUUGAAGAAUUGAAAACCUCAUUACUUGAUGUGCAACAAACUUGCAAGGCAGAAUCUGGCAUUGAUGAACAAAAAGCAGAUGAAGUUAAUGGAAUCAACUUUGAUGUAGAAGAUGAGAAAUCUCAACUUUACUGUGAAUGCAUAAUAAAAAAAUUCAACGCUAUUGACGAAGACGGAAAUUUUAAUGAAAAUGUAGUUCGAGAAGUAACGACUAUAUAUUUAGACGAAAAUGAUAUUAAUCAAUUAAUCGCCGAAUGUUCAUCUGUUUCUGAUGCCAACAUACAUCUAAAAUUUAGUAAAUUAAUGAAGUGUUUUGAGAAAUAUAAAACAAUGAAGGAAAUAUUAAAUCUCUAAAUUUGUUCAAUUAUUAAAAG